AUGCUGUCGUCUCUGCUCGCUGCCAUCGAGAGCAGCAGCUCGAUCGAGAUCGCGACGGACGACUCCUCCAACCUCGCGUCGUCGAGCUCGACGCCCCCGACGACGGUCACUGACACCGACAGCCUACACUCGGACACCUCCAAGCACGAUGUCAUCACCGUGGCUAACGACUCGACCGUGAUCGCGAUAGCUCCCGCCCUGCCCGCGGCUGACGUGCCCUCGCCUCGCCGGCCUCAGCGCGCGCGGACAAGCCUGCCCGUCUACAACCUGGCCAAGCUCAGCGGCACCAGCGCUCAUGGCAAACGCCGGGCCAAGGGCGAUAUUGUCGCCGACCGCCGGCGCCGGACCAUUGCGGGCAGCACCGUCACGCCUGGCGACGCCCCUGUUGAUGCGCCGCGCAACACAUCAUCCACUGCCACCGGCUCGAACACCGACGCGUUGAGCCUCCAGGCUUCUGCCGGCAGGCGGGGCACGCCGCGAGCGCAACGCCUGGCGAAGGAAUCGCCACGCUCCCUGCGCUCAACGGCGCGUGUUACCGCUCCCAGUGGCAGCGCGAGCGCAGGCGCGACGCCGGUAUCGGCUGUUGCAGCCAAGCUCUCCGUCACCAGCAAACGCGGGCGCAAGACGGCCGGCGCCGAAAUCGAAAAGGAAGUCCGGUUGACACGCGAGCUGCGGCGCCUGCAGGAUACAAAGGAGUACAACCACAUCGACGACCGCCCCGUCGUCCACAGCGUCUGGUCCAAUGGCAAGUACGUCGAUCCCAGCCAGGCCGCGGAGCCCCAGCCGGCGCGUAAGAAGGCAAGGGUCGAGCAGGCGGAGAUCAAGGUCGAGGAGGCUCCGGUAGAGGCCGUCGCCCAGCCCAAGAAGAGGAGGGUUAAAAAGUACCUCAACAAGGGCCUUUACGCGGGGCAGGAGACGCCGCAGGACAUCACUCGCGGGCUGACGGCGGCCGAGAAGAAGCAACUGGCGCAACUGCCCGAGCUCAUGCCUCGCAGGGAGAACAAGGUCAUGCCCGCGCCGAUAUUCACCGGCUUCCGCAUCUUGUUGACCGGCCGCGAUUUCAAGCUGCCGUUCCAUGUCUGCAACCCGCUCCCGCCUGGCCAGCCGAAGCCGGACGAGUGGAA